ACCAACCCCUUUUGGUUUGGCCAUCCCUCCUCUCCAUCUCCAGUCCUGAGUCCACUCUCUCUCUCUCUCUUUUCCACUGUCCAUAGCCUUAGCGUGUUGUGUUGUGCUGUCCUCCAUUUUAGUGUGGAGGAUUGGAAUCUAAACCCAUAAAGGAAAAGCUUUUGGUUUUCUUUAAGGGCGGGCUGCUGCUACGACACUCCCUCCGUAGAGUAGAUCAAGAAUGGAUCGAUCAAGAAGAUCUACGAUGAUGAUCUACGUAUCGACCAAAAAAGAAGAUCUGCGAUGAUGAUAGACAGGCACUUCAUAAAACAAGUGAAACAAAAGAUGGAAACAAAAGAAGAAGGCUGCUGCUGCUGCUUCACUCUUCUCCGCCUCCACAACCACCGCGUUUCUUCACUACUCUUGAUUCUCUUCGUCGUCGUCGUCUCACCAGAAUUCAUCACUUGCGCGGCUCCCAUUGCCAUUAACUACGGCCAGAUCGCCAACAACCUCCCUUCCCCAGAAUCUGUCGUCCCUCUCGUCAAAUCCAUCGGCGCCACCCGCCUCAAGCUCUACGACGCCGACCCCACCGUCCUCAAGGCCUUCGCCAACACCGGUGUCGAGUUCAUCGUCAGCCUCGGCAACCAGUACCUUUCCAAGACCAGGGACCCCAAGCAAGCUCUUGCCUGGGUCAAGGCCAACGUCCAACCCUUCCCCGCCACCAGAAUCACCUGCAUCGCCGUCGGCAACGAGGUCCUCACCUUCAACGACACCUCCCUCUCCUCCAACCUCCUCCCCGCUAUGCAGAGCGUCUACUCCGCCCUCUGCUCCCUCAACCUCCAGGACAAGGUCUCCGUCACCACCGCCCACUCCCUCGCCGUCCUCCAGACCUCCUACCCCCCCUCCGCCGGCAGGUUCCGCCCGGACCUCGCCCCCUGCUUGACCGCCAUCCUCAACUUCCACCUCAAGACCGGCUCCCCUUUCCUCAUCAAUGCCUACCCCUACUUCGCCUACAAGGCCAACCCCAAGCAGGUCCCACUCGAGUUCGUCCUUUUCCAGCCCAACCCCGGGAUCCUCGAUCCCGCCACCAAUCUCCACUACGACAACAUGCUUUUCGCCCAGAUCGACGCCGUCCAUUCCGCCGUCGAGUCCCUGGGUUCAAGGACGACGGUGUGCGUCCAGAUCUCCGAGACCGGCUGGCCCUCCAAGGGGGACGCCGACGAGGCCGGAGCCACCCCGGAGAAUGCCAAGAAGUACAACGGCAACCUCAUCAACAAGCUGGUGUGCGGGAAGAAGGGGACGCCCAUGAGGCCCAACGCCGACUUGAACAUCUAUGUAUUCGCCCUUUUCAACGAGAACAUGAAGUCCGGCCCAACCUCCGAGAGGAACUACGGCCUCUUCAAGCCGGAUGGCUCCCCGGCCUACUACAUUGGCUUCAACGGGACCGGCCUCCUUUCCACUUCCUCCAAUACCUCCAGUACUCCUAGCAGUACUGGUAGUAGCAGCAGCAGCAGUAGUAGUGUUCCUCCUGGCUCCUCCUCCGGUGGUCCCACUUCUUCCACUGGCUAUUUAUCCAUCACCUCCGAUGCGGGAUUACAUGCUUUGCCCAGUGCAGUGCCGCACUUGUUACUGAUGAUUUGUUGGCUCGUAUUGUUGCUGGCCUUCCAACUUCCAAGAGAACAUUAGACAAAUCACAAUUGAGUAUUAUUGCCCCCACUGGGAGAAGGGGGGGGGGGGAGCAUCUUCAUUAUAUAGGCUUUGAGGGUUGGGGAAAAGAAUUGAGAUUCUCCUUUGAUCGAGUCUUUGAGGGCUUUGGCUGGCCUUUUAUUUAUCAUUAUCAGAAGAGUAGUGCUACUAGUAGUGUAGUGGAGUGGGUUCAGCAGAACUAAGCACAGUAGGAGCCUCCUCUUAUGUUGUCUGUAGGACCAUCAAAGUUUGAUGUGGACGACGGUAGCUGAGUCAGAGUGGCGCAUAAUCCUGGACGGUUGUUGCCCACCGUCGCCUGCUCUUCCUUCCUGUAUUCUUUCAUUUAUUUAUUUGCACUUAUUGUUGGUAUUCUACCCAUUA